UGUACUUUUAUGUGUGUUGUGAGCGUGACUUUAGCCAUACUUUUACUAUGCCGUGAUUGUUUUUCUGAGCACAGAUGUAAUCCUCAGAAAAACAACCUUUAUGUGUUUUCAAUACAAGUGUUCAAAAAUGCCAAAAUUAAGUAAAUCAGUGCGAACUUAAGUCCACGAAUCGAACUAGAAUCUUAUAAUGACGUUGAGGUGAGUGUUCUUCAAGAUGGCUAUGGUGAUAUCUCAAGCGACUAAAGCAGCGAUUGGGGGGUUCUUGGCGCUGAUGGUGUUGGGGGCUGUGCUGGUGGUGGGAGCUGCCUUCGGCUGGUUCGACCCCCGGAGGGAAGAUGAGGACUCACCGGCGAAGAUCAGUGCGAGACUGCAGGGUAGAACAUCUUUUGUCACGCAUCGUGCUGUAAACCCAGAUGAAAACCGAUUACCCAUCGUAUCCCAUUCGUCUCCAUAUUUCACGGAAACCGGGGAAAAGGGAACGCUUGUCCCCUUAUCCGGCCAAUGCAAGUGCACUGUGAACGACUUGUCUCGGCUCCUAUCAACAAUUCCGGGCCUAAAAGGGACCCCUGGGCCACAGGGGCCAACAGGCGCGGAUGGCACCACCGGAGCGCCGGGUAAAACGGGUCAAAUGGGUGACCCAGGACCACCAGGCCCAAUAGGGCCAAAAGGUGACAGAGGAGAACGGGGAGACAUCGGUCCCUCCGGGCCAGAAGGUCAGCCCGGGCCAAAAGGGGAGCCUGGAGUAGAUGGGGCCUCUGGACCUCAAGGUCCUCCUGGGCCUCCUGGGCCAUCAACAGCUCUAAUGGAAUCAUCCGGAUUAACCGGUCUACAAGCCGAGAGGGGACCUAUGGGGCCCCCGGGCCCUCAAGGUGACAGAGGUUAUCCGGGCAACAAGGGGGAGAGGGGAUUACACGGGUCCAAGGGGGACAAAGGAGAACGGGGUUAUGUGGGGCUGAGGGGUCCACAUGGAGCGAAAGGCGAACGCGGGCUUCCCGGCCGCGACGGCAGUCCCGGGCUACCUGGCCCUCACGGCCGACCAGCGGAAAAGGGCGAGAAAGGUGCACAAGGAACUCCUGGACCGCCCGGCCCUCCUGGAACUGGUGUUAUCGACAAUUCAAUAGUAGCUGGUACUGCAAGCACUAGCCUCGGAGAAGGAGCACUCGUGAAGGCGGUAAAGGGGGAGAGAGGUGAAAAGGGCGAGAAAGGCACCAGAGGCAUGGAAGGCCCACAAGGUUUUCCCGGAAACGACGGGAAACCAGGAGAGCGGGGGGACAUAGGCCCAUCAGGUCUACCUGGGACACAAGGGUCCCCUGGCCUUACGGGCCCGAAGGGGGAGAGGGGCGAAGCUGGACCACCGGGCCCGGUGGCGCUUUCGAAGGAAGAAGCUUCUGUAUGGACAAAGGGCGAGAAAGGCGAAACGGGGCCACGAGGCAAGCGAGGGCACCCGGGGCCCCCAGGCCCCAGAGGUCCACCGGGGGCCCCGGGGCCUCCGGGCUCCCCCGGCACCGAUGGCACUUCAGGCGACAUCGGACUACCUGGUUGGACGGGACCACCUGGUGCCACCGGCCAGCCUGGACCUCAAGGACAGAAAGGUGAAAAAAGGGGACCCCGGCCUCAAUCCGCUCGACCUUGACAAGAUAAAAGGUGCAAAAGGCGAUCGGGGUUACGACGGGGCCCCGGGCACGCCGGGCAAGGAGGGCCCGAGAGGCCCCCCGGGGCCCGCCGCCGCGCCGGUCCCCAAUACCAAGUACAUGCCGGUACC